AUGGUGAAAUCUGGUGGUUAUGUAAACCUCGUAAUGAGUCAAGGGCCAUUUCAUCUGGACUCCUGCGACCAUCUUCUCUUUACUGGCCAAAGUUCUGGUGUGUCUACUGUCAAAGAGAGGAGAAAAUGGUCACUGAAAGAGGAUUUAAUCCUCAUCGGUGCGUGGCUCAACACCAGCAAAGACCCCAUUGUGAGUAAUGAACAAAAGGUAGGUGCCUUCUGGAACAGGAUUGUAGAGUACUACAACUCCAGUCCUCAACUGGUUGGGACCACCCCACGAGAACUUGGGCCAUGCAAGCAAAGAUGGGCUAGGAUCAACGAGGGAGUUUGCAAGUUUGCUGGUUGUUACGACAUGGCACUGAGGGAGCAGAGAAGCGGGCAAAAUGAGAACGAUGUGAUGAAGUCUGCGUUGGAUAUAUUUGCCAAUGACCAGGGAUCGAAGUUCAACUUCGAACAUGCGUGGAGGGAGCUUCGGCAUGAUGUGAAGUGGUGCUCAACAUAUCUGGAGAAGGACAAACGCAAACCAACGGAUUCCCAAGGCGACGGUGAAGGGGCAGUGCCUGAGCCAUAUCAUUAG